UAUAUAACUCAUACUGAUGAAAUUCUUAUUCCAUUGUCAGUAUACCUACGUGCGUACGUGGGACACGACGUUGAUUGCCGCGACGUCUGACGUCGACGCGUUUGAGAAGAUGGAAACGAAAAGCGUCUGACGAAUUAUUUUCGUACGAAGUGACUUCGUGCAGGUCGGCUUAUUGUUAGUCGCGGAGAUGUUAGUCACGUUGUGUUGUGAUUUUAAUAGAUUGAACGACAAGCGCUGUUGUUACUUUGUGAAUAAUGAUAAGAGUGUUUUGAUCAGGGUUGCCUAAGGUUCUCGCAGUACCUGAACGUUGUCGUGCUGCAAUUUGCGAAGCUGUGGAUAAGAGUGUUAGAGGAAGUCAGAAAGGACGUCCAGUUAUCUUCAGCACGUGAUUGCCAGUUCUGUCAUUACAUCAAGGAGCUUUUUCGAAGUUAGGGCGUCGCUUGAUCGGAAGUUCCAAGAGCCUCCAGAACUUUCGUGAUAAAGAAGAGAAGGAAAUUGGUCACAGAAUGUCGGAACAAAAUGAUAUUUACAACAGCAACAUGACGGAAUCUGAGUAUUUAGAAGCAAUGCUUGGGCCUAAAUACUUGCCUAUGAAAUUGGUGGCACCACUGACUCUUGCAUACGUGAUAAUAUUCAUCAGCGGAAUCGUUGGGAAUGUUGCUACUUGCAUCGUGAUAGCGCGCAAUGUUUCUAUGCAAACGGCGACAAAUUAUUAUCUCUUCAGUCUUGCCAUAUCAGAUUUAACUCUCCUUGUUCUUGGUUUGCCGAACGAGUUGAGCUUCUUUUGGCAGCAGUAUCCGUGGAUGCUGGGUGUACCACUUUGCAAGAUAAGGGCUUACGUCUCAGAAAUGUCUUCCUACGUUUCAGUAUCAACUAUCGUGGCAUUCUCGAUGGAGAGAUACCUUGCAAUAUGCCAUCCAUUUCAGGUUUACAGUAUAAGCGGUUUAAAGCGUCCUGCUCGUUUCAUCUUAGCUGCAUGGUCUAUUGCCAUCGUUGCAGCAGUACCAUUCGCAGUAUAUACCAAAGUGAAUAAAGUUGAAUUUCCACCAAAUUCUGGAAAUUAUUCGGAUGAAUCUGCGAUAUGCGCCAUCCUCCAGCCGGACCUGCCUCAAUUUCCCCUCUACGAAAUGAGCUGCAUUGUCUUUUUCCUGGUACCGAUGACGGUCAUCCUGAUCGUUUACACGAGGAUGGGUCUUCGAAUCUGGGGAAGCACUGAGAAUCCUGUUGGACAGAGUCACAGUGACUCGCAUCAUGUUCAAUCCAGGAAGACCAUCGUUAAGAUGCUUGGCGCAGUCGUCUUUAUGUUCUUUUUAUGCUGGGCACCUUUUCACACACAGCGACUACUUUAUAUCUAUGCUCAAGAAAAGGAUUACUACCCUGAUCUGAAUGAGUGGCUGUACAUCCUUGGUGGCUUUCUCUACUACUUCAGCGCAACUGCCAAUCCAAUUCUCUAUAAUUUGAUGAGUGCCAGGUAUCGUGAGGCAUUUAAGCAAACUCUAUGCUGUGGACCACGAUAUGAACAUACCCGAGGAAGCUCCAGGGAGUCAAAGUCAACUAUCUGUAGAUGUCAUUCCAGUAAAGAGGAUCCUGAACAUUUGGGUCACGUGCCCAGCCUUCGAUGCUCCAUCAGAUCCACCAUUAACCAGGCUAAGGAGAUGUUUACCGUGAGUCCCGAUAGACAGAAUGUUGCAAAGAUCCAAAGAGAGUCUACUGUUCCCACCCGACGUAAGAAUCAGUUCCUUCUACCGGAAGCUGCGCGCGACUUGGAAUCUGCUAGUCCUCUUCUUGGUAAAACCAGAUUGACAAAUAGGCCGAGUAACGAAAGUUCCUCCUCGCACAAUAGACCGGAGGAGUCAUUGUCGACAGCCAGUAGCCUUCUCUGAUAAAGUGAUAUAUGGUGCUUGAAACUUUUGUGAAGGAGAAGAGAAUUGUUCCUUUCAUCUAGCCAACCUGUGGAAUUGAUACAGGAAUUCUGCACCCGUUUUACGGUGGUCCACUUCUGAGAAAUCCUGCCAUCUGACAUUAUUAAAGGAAGUAGCAUCAUGUUGAUACGAACAUUGUAAAGCGAGCAAUCACAUUUUUACUACGUUAAUACAUAUACAUAACAAAUA